ACAGUGAUUUACAUUCGAUAUUGUGAAAAACGAAAGUGUGAAAAACGAUUUGAAAAAAUGAACAAAAUAACUCAAAUUACGCACAAUAUACUUUUAGGAAGAUCGAAUGUAAAUGUUGAAGAAAUAUUUUCCUCUCUUAACGGUGUGAAAUCGUUUAACACGGAAGAAUACGACGAAGUAGACAGUGUGAUAAUCGGUAAUAAAUUGAAACAUAAAAAGACAAAAUACGUGGAUCCAAAUAUAGAAGUGUAUAAGAUGAAUCACAAACGAAGAGGUAUAGCGUUAAUUUUCAAUAACGUAAAGAUAUAUCCAGCAAGAAAUAAUGCGGAGGAAUGUUCGAGGAAUCUGUCGCAAACGUUACAAAUGAUGGGCUUUGACGUACAACUCAUCGUCAACGUAACGUUACAAGUGUUAAUAGAAAAAUUGAAGGAUGUUGCUUCCCAGGAUCAUACGAAUAACGACUGUCUGGCCAUAGCCGUUUUGUCUACCGGAACAUCGGGUUACCUGAAAGCAGACAACAUGUUUUAUCCAGCCCAAAUGCUAUGGAUGCCUUUCCUGUCUGAUUCGUGUCCCAGCUUGAUCGACAAGCCAAAGAUAUUCUUCCUCCAGACUUACUAUGAUUCAUCGUACAACGGAAUACACGGUUUUGACCAAUCGAUCAAUUUUUCUUUCCCCGAUAUUAUGGUCAUACACUUAUUUUAUAAUUCUUCUUGGCAAAAUACAAAUUCCUGUUUGAUGAAUAAAAUUACCCAAGAGUUGAACGAACAUUGGCGGACCCACGAUCUAUUCAGAAUGAUGACUUCCAUUGUGAGGCACGUAGUUAAUUAUAAUCGGACAUUAAGCAACGAAAAGAAACUCCAAGCCCCAACUAUAGUCUCUACGUUAACACGAUUAGUAUAUUUCGAUAAAACGAAAUAUUUAGUUGAAUUGUCGAAAAAUGAAAAGACAGAUUUCGAUCCUUUGUUAAUCCAAGAUUAACAGAUUAAUUUGUUAAUCCAAUUGUCGAUUUAUCAUUAUUAUUAAUGUAAAUAACGAUCAUGACAAAGAAAUUUUAUUUUAAUCGCA